GGGCUUCCGGCAGGUGGCGCCGUGGCCGCGGGGCCCAGGCCGGCGGGCGGGCGGCGGCGCGGCGCUGCGGCCGGCGGCUCGCGGCCCCGGAGCGGCGGCUGCGCGGGAGGUGGAGCGGCGGAGCGGCAGGCCCGGUGCGGGCUGGAGCGCGGGCGGCGAGCGCACGAGCCGCGGCCGCGCGGAGCUCGCCAUGACGGCGCGAGUGUGAGGCGCGGCGAGCACCGGUCCAGUAGAGCGGCGGGCGCGCCGGCCUCUUAUCCCGCAGCGGCCCGGCCGGGGUCCGAUGAGCAGCGGCCUCGGCCUCCGGCGCAGCCCGGAAAUGUCCGGCAAGAUCGAGAAAGCAGACUCUCAGCGUUCUCAUCUCUCCUCCUUCACCAUGAAGCUGAUGGACAAAUUCCACUCUCCCAAAAUCAAGAGAACACCAUCCAAGAAGGGAAAGCCAGCCGAGGUGUCGAAGAUUCCUGAGAAGCCUGUGAGCAAAGAGGCAAGAGACAGAUUUCUACCAGAGGGCUACCCUAUCCCCUUGGAUCUGGAGCAGCAGGCAGUAGAAUUUAUGUCCACCAGUGCUGUGGCUUCCAGGUCUCAGAGGCAGAAGAACCUGUGCUGGCUGGAGGAGAAAGAGAAGGAGGUUGUCAGUGCCUUGCGCUACUUUAAGACCAUUGUGGACAAAAUGGCCAUUGAUAAGAAGGUUCUGGAGAUGCUCCCGGGGUCGGCCAGCAAGGUGCUGGAGGCCAUCUUACCCCUGGUGCAGACUGACCCUCGGAUCCAGCACAGCUCAGCCCUCUCCUCCUGUUAUAGCCGAGUAUACCAGAGCCUCGCCAACCUUAUCCGAUGGUCUGACCAGGUGAUGCUAGAGGGCGUGAACUCAGAAGAUAAGGAGAUGGUGACAACUGUGAAGGGCGUUAUCAAAGCUGUCCUGGACGGAGUGAAGGAGCUAGUGAGGCUAACCAUUGAGAAGCAGGGGCGGCCAUCGCCAACAAGCCCAGUGAAGCCCAGUUCCCCAGCCAGCAAGCCUGAUGGCCAGCCUGAGCUCCCUCUGACAGACCGAGAAAUGGAGAUUCUGAAUAAGACAAGUGUGUCACCAUCUGCUGAACUGCUCCCAGACUCCACCAGUGAAGAGGUUGCACCCCCCAAGCCCCCUUUACCUGGCAUCCGGGUGGUUGAUAACAGUCCACCAGCAUUACCACCCAAGAAAAGGCAGUCUGCUCCAUCCCCCACCCGGGUGGCUGUGGUAGCCCCAAUGAGUCGGGCUACCAGUGGCUCCAGUUUGCCUGUUGGAAUCAAUAGGCAGGACUUUGAUGUUGAAUGUUACACCCAGAGGCGCCUGUCAGGAGGCAGCCGCUCCUGCGGUGGUGAGUCUCCUCGCCUGUCCCCCUGCAGCAGCACGGGCAAGCUCAGCCGCUCAGACGAGCAGCUGUCCUCCCUGGACAGGGAUAGUGGGCAGUGCUCACGGAACACAAGCUGUGAAACGCUAGAUCACUACGACCCCGACUAUGAAUUCCUCCAGCAAGAUCUCUCCAAUGCAGACCAGACCCCUCCACAGGCAGCCUGUAGCCUCAGCCCUCUGCCAGAGUCCCUGGGGGAAUCUGGGCCUCCGUUUCUUGGCCACCCUUUCCAGCUGCCUUUGGGCAGCUGUCUCCAGCAGGAGGGACAGCAGACAGACACUCCACCUGCCCUUCCUGAGAAGAAGCGUAGGAGCGCAGUCUCCCAGACCACGGACAGCUCUGGCUGCAGGGUGUCCUAUGAGCGACACCCCUCACAGUAUGACAACAUCUCAGAGGGUGACCUGCAGAACCCAGUCCCAGUCCAGCCUGUGCCCUACCCACCCUUUGCUGCUGUCCUGCCCUUUCAGCAGGGGGCUUCGUCUGCCUCUGCUGAGUUUGUGGGUGAUUUCAGUGUUCCUGAGUUGGCAGGUGACACAGAGAAGCCACCUCCUCUACCAGAGAAGAAGAACAAGCACAUGCUGGCCUACAUGCAACUGCUGGAGGACUACUCAGAGCCACAGCCCUCCAUGUUCUACCAGACACCGCAGAGUGAGCACAUCUACCAGCAGAAGAACAAGAUGCUCAUGGAGGUGUACGGCUUCAGCGACUCCUUCUGCGGUAGUGAUUCCACGCAGGAGCUGGCCCCUCCACCGGCUCUGCCCCCCAAGCAACGGCAGCUGCAGGCCUCCUAUGCUGCUUCUUCCUUCUCUGUCUCCUACUGUGUCCAGCAAACUAAAGUGGCCUUCACCCCCGAGGACGGCAGUGCCGCUCAGGGCCUCAGUGUAUCCGUGUCUAACUCCUUUCUCAACCGGCACGGCAGCUUGCCUGUGCCCUCGUACAAAUCUGUGUUUAGGUCUUAUUCCCAGGACUUCAUGCCUCACCACCAAGCCUCCGUCCAACCUUUCCUUCCGCCUACCUCCUCUUCCUCUCCACAUUUCCCACCUGUCCACACGUCCCAGAGCUCGGACUUAGCGGUGCCCACCGUAAGCAGUCCGCCUCCCAGCACCGUGGACGGGCCUCUCUCGUCUUCUCAGGACAGCAGCUUUCAUGGGAACCCUGUCCGCCUUCCUUCCGAAACCUCUUUCACUGACUCGGAACCACCAUCUGGGAAGGACGGACAUCCCAGAGAUCCUUCGGUCAGCAGUGCAUCUGGGAAGGACAGCAGAGAAAAUGGAGAAAGGUCCCCAAAGUCACUGGAUGGUCUGGAGUCAGCGCAGUCAGAAGAGGAAGUGGAUGAACUGUCCCUCAUUGACCACAAUGAAAUCAUGGCCAGGCUGACACUCAAGCAAGAGGGUGAUGAUGGGCCAGAUGUUCGUGGUGGUUCAGGAGACAUCUUACUGGUCCAUGCUACUGAGACAGACAGAAAAGACCUGGUGCUGUACUGUGAAGCCUUCCUGACCACCUACAGGACCUUCAUCAGCCCGGAGGAGCUCAUCAAGAAGCUGCAGUACCGGUACGAGAAGUUCUCUCCCUUUGCUGACACGUUCAAGAAGCGAGUGAGCAAGAACACAUUCUUUGUGCUGGUGCGAGUGGUGGAUGAGCUCUGCCUGGUGGAGCUGACAGAGGAGAUCCUGAAGCUGCUGAUGGAGCUGGUCUUCCGCCUAGUGUGCAGCGGAGAGCUCAGCCUGGCCAGAGUCCUCCGGAAGAACAUUCUGGACAAGGUGGACCAGAAGAAGCUGCUCAGGUGUGCCCAUUCCGACCAGCCUCUGGCAGCCAGGGGUGUUGCAGCCAGGCCAGGAACCUUGCAUGAUUUCCACAGCCAUGAGAUAGCCGAGCAGCUGACACUGCUGGAUGCCGAGCUUUUCUACAAGAUAGAGAUUCCUGAAGUUUUGCUUUGGGCCAAAGAGCAGAAUGAGGAGAAGAGUCCCAAUCUGACCCAGUUCACAGAGCACUUCAACAACAUGUCCUACUGGGUGCGGUCCAUCAUCAUGCUGCAGGAGAAGGCCCAGGACCGAGAGAGGCUGCUCCUCAAGUUCAUCAAGAUCAUGAAGCACCUGCGCAAGCUCAACAACUUCAACUCCUACUUGGCCAUCCUCUCAGCACUAGACUCGGCCCCCAUCCGCAGACUGGAGUGGCAGCGGCAGACCUCAGAGGGCCUGGCUGAAUACUGCACAUUGAUUGACAGCUCAUCCUCCUUCCGAGCCUACCGGGCUGCUCUCUCAGAGGUGGAGCCCCCAUGUAUCCCGUACCUAGGUCUGAUUCUUCAAGACCUGACCUUCGUUCACCUGGGAAACCCAGAUUAUAUUGACGGGAAAGUAAACUUCUCCAAGCGGUGGCAACAGUUCAACAUCUUGGACAGCAUGCGGUGCUUCCAGCAGGCGCACUAUGAAAUCCGGAGAAACGACGACAUCAUAAAUUUCUUCAAUGACUUCAGUGACCACCUGGCCGAGGAAGCCCUGUGGGAACUCUCUCUGAAGAUCAAGCCUAGGAACAUAACAAGGCGAAAAACAGACCGCGAAGAGAAGACCUAGGAGCAGGCUGGCUGUGAGAACACUCAAGCAGCCAGGAGAGGACCUGGACCAUCCCAGCCUCAGCCUGUCCAUGCCUGGCUGUGUGGCAGCACCUGAGUCUCCUGGCCGGUUUCCUGCCUCCUUCCCUAUGGCUAAAGUCCCAGGGUUCACAAUGAGCUGGCUGGCAGGCCUCAGGGCUGGCUUGUAUACUGGUGGCCCCUGGUCUGGUUUUGUUUUCUGUUUUCUGUCAGUGCUCCCUCCUGUUCCCUCCUCUCCCCUGCAGCUGGAGAGCAGCAGACACCUGAGCAGCAGACCAGGGGAAUGGCAGGCUUCACUGCCCCCAGGCUGCCCUGGCCUCCUUAAGUGGCAGAUAAGUAGGGGCCCCAGGACCCUUGGGUAGACUGCCCUCCGGGACCCUGGAGCCAGGGGAGCUAUGGCUGGGAGACAGAAGAAGGUAGAAAGGGACCACACAGGCAUCUUGUGCUGCCCACUUCCUGCUUUUUAAACAUGGAGGGAGAGGCAUGUCAACCUGGCCCGGAAAGUAUGGUGGGUGGUAGGCAAGAGCCACAGAGCUGACACUUCUCACAGCAGUGACCCCAGCUCUGUCCUGCCAUGCACGGCCACUAACCAAGGCACCUGCUGGGCUGACAGCAGCAGCACCAGUAGCACCUGUUGCCCACCACUGGUCCAGCCCCAGCCCCAGCCCACAUCACUGGUAGGGUACUCUGGGGAUCAGGAAGAGGAGGCAGAAGGGACAGUUCAUGCUGAGCUGGGGCCAAGGCUGUGCUUCAGAGAGUAAGUGAGGAUCUUUAGUGACCUAGGGAGAGGCAAGCAGCCCCUCCGUGCUUGCUGUGUGCCUUAAAUGCCAUCUCCUGUUCCUUCCAGGCCUGUGGGCUUCCCUCCUAUUUGACCCCCCACCCCACCCCACCCCCCCGCAGCCAGCAGGUUCCUAGUCCCCUUUUGCUCUCUGGGAGUGUCUGUUCCCAAGAAGUCUAAGCAGGCCUAGGACGUGAGGGCCUCCAGAGGUCUCCUGAUUCCAGACAGGUGGCAGAGCCACCCCCUGCUGCUGAGGUUGACAAUCUGUUCAGGGCUCAGGGCUAGGAUCUCUCUGGCCAUGGCUCCGUGGCCACCACUGUGGGCUAAAUGGCAGGGUACAGGUCAGAAUCCAGAGGUGCUGCUGGCCCUGCACCAUACCUCCAGUUAGCUUUGCAUGAACAAGCUCCCUUUUCUUCUGGUCAUGGGGCUUGGUCAAACGAAUACCAGGAUCUCUGUGCUUCCUCAACCAGUCCGCAGAGCAGAUAAAUAGCAGCAGCAGCUGCUGGCCGGGUACUCGUCUGAAACAGCUGUCACUCUGAACCCUCCUGGGUUUCAGGGGGGUUAUUUUUAGCAGCUUUUAUCAAAUAAGAACUGUGGGCCCCUCUUCUGUUUAUUUGUGCUGUAAAUAGAGAGGGGACAUCUGUAAACAGCCCCUUGGUCGGCUCCCUCAGGCGGCAGCCGGAAUUGUUUAAGGAGUGUGUGUGGAGUCCGGCUUGUGAGCAGUCGUGUGGGUCUUUGGUUUGUUCCUCUUUUACAGGUCCUUUCAUUUCAGUCUUUGCCCCUGCUUCUUGUCUUUCACCAGCUCUAAGUGCUGCUGUGUGCAAGUGGGGAACACUGCACACGAGGUCCUUCCUCCCAGCGCUGUAGAGGCCCCUGCAGCCUUCCUGUGUAGCACAGGCCUACCUGAGGCCUAGCCUACUGGUGCUGCAGCCAACAGAGCGGGCCUAUGGUCUAUGUCUACUGGUUCCCAAACAUGAGCUGGGCAGAAAGGAGGGCUUACCUUCUAGACCCAGAAUCACCAGGCCCUCCUAUGAUCCUGGGAGCCUUAGGCAGACUAAGUCAAGAGCCAGGGCAGCUCUGGAGUUUCCGUGUGGGGAUAUCGAGGUGCGAUGUGUGGGUUUAAUUUAUUAGCCAGCAGGCUUCCCCAGUCACCUGCCUCUGGCUGCAACUGAGCCCAGUGUUCAGGCAGCCUGGCUUCCACAUGUCUGUUUCUUAGUGGUGGGGUCUGGGAGAGCUGUGAAGAUUCGUCUUUGUAUACAUACUAAGCAACAUGGACAGUUGGGUUCCCAGCAGAGGCCAGCCAUUACCUGUGGGUAGAGCAAGCAAACAGUGCAUCUGGCUGGCCCUUAAGCCAAGACACCUGUUCCAUGCCUCCCAGUGUGGCACUGUAAUAUAAACCCCCACUAACCUGUCUGACAGUGCAUCUUCCUACAGACAGAACAAGCGCGCAACUUUUAUAUGAAAGAAAAAUAAACAGACAAAAGCCCGUCUGA